GGAUUUUUUUUGGAUUUUAUAGGAUUUAAAAGAAGAAGAAUUUGUUUUUAGCAUUCAUUUUGGGUACUCGCAUUUUGCAUUUAGAGUUCCCAGACUUCUUUUCGCUCUUUAAAUACGUGCUUUUACCGAAUCUGUGCCCAUACUUUAGUAGUAGUAGACCCACGAUGGAGCAAAUGGAUACCGUUGAGAUUGAACCAGAACUAAACGUCGACAUGUCAAACACGGAUGCAAUCGCCACUGAAGUUACCACUAAUGUGUCAAAAGACGUCGAUACGGAUGCAGAAAAACUAGACAAUAAAAGAGAUAACGACGACAAUAAUGAAGUCACUAUGUGUUCUUUUGAUCUUAACAAAGCGACAUGUAGCUCGAGAAAACGAAUACCUUUUUCUCGAUCUAAAUCAUGCGUUAGUGAAUAUCAAAAUAAACCGCAUCAGAUCCGUGGAAUAUCUAAGGCUUCAUAUACAUCACACUCCACGGAUUCCGAUUAUCAUACAUCUGCCCCCCAUUUUUUAAUUUCCUCUACAUCAUGUACAUCUGCUGGUCCUCUUAAUCCUCACCCUAAAGUGUGUAUAACAUCUUCUGAUCGACCUCUAAAGGUAUCAUACGCAACUUCUCAGCCCCUUCGUAUUCCGUCUCCGACUCGAGGUGAUAGCUUUACUACAGUCAGCGCUCAGCCAAUUGGUAGUUUUUCUAAUUUACCAUCACCUACUUCUCUUGUCAUAAAUGUUACAAAUCAGCCUCCAUCCCUUUUUAUCCUGGCCUUGAGCAAGUUAAACGAAAAUCCUGUCAGUUUAGCACUUCUUAAUAAGGCUUUGCGGUCAGGGGCAAUGGAAACUUCGGAUUCAAAUCUGAGUACUGGAAAAAUGGACACUACUGCAGAAUUAAGUGCACCGGCAUCAUUGACAAGUGCGCCGCCAUCGUAUUCAUUUGUAUUACGGCAAAUGGCAGCUCGAAGACCGAGGCUUAUGGGGACUUUUAUUCCUUCUCCCUCAUUUGUACAGCAUACACCACCACCUAACUACGCUGCUGCUUUUGAUAUUUACGUGGAACCAGCCAUGCCGCCUCAAAACCCUACAAGGGUCUAUAGCUUUGGUUUUACUUCGAUGCCAGCGGUCUGUCCAGAAUGCGGAUAUACAGGGUUGACAACGGUUACAGCGAAAAUAACUAUCUGUACCCACUUGUGUGCAAUGUUUUUAUGUUUAUUUUGCUGUUGGGCGUGCGCACCUUUGCCUUAUGUUCUUCGAUCUUGUAAAGAUGUGUAUCAUUAUUGCACAAAUUGUAGGAACCUCUUAGGAAUAUACUGUCCAACGAAUCCUGAAAUUCCAUGUUUCAGGACGUCUGCCGGAGACUAUAAGGCGUUAUUAAAAAAAGAUGGAUUUCAUUGACGACGAUCAAGAUGAAACCUGACGGAAAUUCACAUAUCUAUUGUUACGCCAAUUAAGCCUUUUAAAUCGAGGCCAAGAAUAAGGAUGAACUUUUAUAUUUACUCAUCGGACUAACGAGAAACAGCGUUAUGCUGCAAAUUGAGCAUUCAUGUGUUUAUCUGCAUGGGUUGCUGUGUAGAUGUCACUGCUUGACGAGCCCUGUAGGCACAGCUUGACCGGGCAUGGGAGAACAACACAAAGACCCAAAAUUGCAACGCAGAAAUACAAAAGUAGCGUUGGUUAUGAAGUACUCCUUGUACAUCUAGUUUGCUCUAUAUUUUGGAUUUUAUAUGUAUUAUUUUUAUUGUACUUAUUUUUAAUUAUUUUUUAAUAAGUUGUUCAUUAAUAUGUAUCCGAUGAUUUUUUUAUUCUUAUUUUACGCGUUUCUAAUUAGAUUCAUU